AUGGUUGGUGAAGCGGGAACACGCAAUGGUGAGUGUACAGAAGAAAGGGUUCAGCGUUUAAAGAUUGAAGCGAUUGUUAAUGGGUUUGGAAAUGAUGGUGGUGAAGCAGGCUCUUGGGGCAGUGAGGGUUUUCAAACUUACAAGAGACGUAGGAACAUGAGGUCAGGUUCAGAUAGUAAAGGUCAAGAGGAUGGGAAAUGUUUUAUGGAAGCUGCUAGUAGAUUGGAAGACCAGACCACAAAGGAUGAUAAUUUGUGGGACCAUCAUCGUGGGAAUCAUGCUUCUUUGAAUCGUUCAAAUGACGUUUCACAGAGGCAGUGGAGAAAGUUUGUUCUUGACCACAUGUAUCAAUCAUUAAGUAAUGAUGAACAUGGAAUGCAGGGGUUCUUCAGGGAUGUGCUUAUGAUGGCAGAAUCUGGUAAUUACAAUGCAGAUAGGCAUAAGUCAACUUUGAUGGGGCGGAUGGCUAAUGGAACUCAUAGUACAGCUAAAGGGCAUGUAGGCAUUUUGUCAAAUGGAGUUUUGGAUGAAACACAUCAUCACAGUGUCACCGAGUUGUGCCAGCAUGCUUUCCUUGAUAUUUUAAUGUCAGAAAAGUUCACCUCUCUUUGUAAGCUACUGUUCGAAAAUUUCCAAGGAAUGAAGACUGACAGUGUUCUUAGUUUGAGUUUCAUAGACAGGAGGAUGAAAGAGGGAGCUUAUGAUCAUUCGCCUAUGCUUUUCUGUGAAGAUAUUGAGCAGUUCUGGAAAAAACUCCAAGGUUUUGGUGCUGAAUUAAUCUCUCUCGCAAAGAGCCUAUCAGACAUAUCAAAGACUUGCUAUAAUGAACGGGUGGAAGGAUCAGUACACUGUACAUUUGAAGAUGAAAAGCAUGAGUUCUGUACCCAGGGUUCUGAUUCUCAUGGUAAGCCGGAGCAAACAGAUGCUUGUUGUAUCUACAGAGUCUGCAGUUGCAGGCGAUGUGGGGACAAGGCAGAUGGGAGGGAUUGUUUAGUUUGUGAUUCAUGUGAGGAAAUGUACCAUGUCUCCUGUAUAGAGCCUGCUGUCAAAGAGAUCCCCCCAAAGAGCUGGUACUGUGACAACUGCACUGCAAAUGGUAUGGGAUCUCUUCAUGAGAAUUGUGUAGCGUGUGAGAGGCUGAAUUGCUUCAGGACCGAAUUUAAUCAAGCUGAUGAUGAAAUUGGUUUAUCAACUCAAGAAACAUUCAAUGAUUUUGAAGAGGCAUCAAAUUUCAGCACGAAUAAUGAGGUCCAACUAUCAUCAGAAGGGACUGAAAACAUAUGCAUCUGUAAAAUUUGUGGAAGCUCAGUGGUUACUGGAGAGAAGAUAAAGACAUGUGAUCACUCUGAAUGCCCCGGCAAGUACUACCAUGUGAGAUGUUUGACAAAUAGGCAGUUAAAUUUGUAUGGCCCACGUUGGUACUGCCCUUCUUGUUUAUGCAGAGUUUGCCUCACUGAUAGAGAUGAUGAUAAGAUUGUUUUAUGUGAUGGCUGUGAUCAUGCAUACCACCUUUAUUGCAUGAUUCCACCACGCGUCUCUGUACCAAAAGGGAAAUGGUUUUGCAGACAAUGUGAUUCAAAAAUUCUGAAAUUACGUCGGGUAAGGAGGGCACAUGAGAAAUCAGAAAAUUAUCUGAAAAAGAAAGGAGAUGGGGUUAAAAAGGAAUGUGAAAACCUCAAGAAACUGUACAGGGAGGCUGGAGAAGAAUCAGAUAAAGGUAGAGAAGGGAUGGACAUGCUUGUGACUGCAGCACUAAAGUGUGAAGAUGGCAGCCAAUCGAACGAAGAGUUGAAGAGCACGUGA